AUGAGGAGUUAUUGGAUGGCCACGCGACAGGAUCUGGAAUCGUUUCGCACAUCGGUUACGUGUCCCGACGAUUUCGACAGCUUUUGGGACGCAGUGCGGACGGAGCUAGCCGGAUUACCACUGGAUGCGACGACCGAGGCCGAUGCGCUGCGGAGCACGGACACGAUCAAGGUAUACCAAGCCACGUACCGCAGCCUGGGCGGGUUGGAGAUUUUCGCGUGGUACGCGGUACCGACGGCGGGGGACGCGCCGUUUCCCGCUAUCCUGCACCUGCCGGGGUACAAAUCGGAGCCGGCUCUGCGACGGGAUUGGGGAGCGAAGGGAGUGGCGGUGCUGUCGGUGGCGGUACGGGGCAAGCUGCCGAGCAGUUCCGAGUUCAAUCCCGGGUAUCCGGGUCUGCUGACCAGCGGAGUGGAGGAUCGCGACACCUACGGCUACAAGGGUGUGAUCGCGGACUGCAUGCGGGGCGUGGACUUCCUCCUGUCGCGGCCGGAGAUCGACGCCGAGCGGAUCUACUGUUGCGGGAGCAGCCAGGGUGGCGGGCUAACGCUGAUCACGUCUGCGUUGCGACCGGAGAUCAAGGCCGGCGUGGCGGGCUACCCGUUCCUGUGCUGCUUUCCCGAAUCGAUGGCAAUGUUGCGCAGCUAUCCUUACGACGAACUUUCCUGCUACCAACGGGCGCAUCCGGACAGGACGGAACAGAUUCUGGGGACGCUGCGGUACUUUGACGCGGUGAAUUUUGCGCCACGGAUCGAGUCCCCAAUGGUGGUGGGGAUCGCAAUGGAGGACGAGGUGUGCCCGCCGGAAACGAGCUACGCGGCAUACCGACUGCUGGGCGGUGAACGAGAGCUAUGGCUGUUCCCGGAGUCGGGUCACGGCAACGCCCACGAGUAUCCGGGGCGGGAACGGAAGUGGCUGGAGGAACGCAUCGGCGUGAGCAGCGGGCAGACGCCAUGA